CUCUUUAUCGCUAAGAGCGCGUUCCGCACAAUAUGUGUAUUGUAUAUAAAUUGGCAGCCACAUUGAAGCGGCGCCCACAGCUUGUUCGCCAGUCUCGUCGGCGAUUCGUACGCUCUACACCUUACUGGAGCUGAGCGCUAUCGUUGCGAUUUCUAGUGUGUGCCUUUGUUUAUUGUUUAAUACGACGUUAAGUUUUUGUUUUUAAAAAUCAUUUUCGCUAACAUUGUGCAGGUGAGUGGAGUAAUAAAUAAUAAAAAUGCGUUUGAUCAUCUUGGAGACAAGCAAAUCGGUGGGCAGUUGGUCGGCCAAAUAUGUGACUAAACGGAUCAACGAUUUCAAACCGGGACCCGAUAAAUACUUUGUUUUGGGCUUGCCCACAGGUAGCACCCCAUUGGGUAUGUACAAAGAGCUGAUUGAGUUCUAUAAGCAGGGCAAGGUCUCCUUUCGUUAUGUGAAAACUUUCAAUAUGGAUGAGUAUGUGGGUCUGCCGCGUGACCAUCCGGAGAGCUAUCACUACUUCAUGUGGCACAAUUUCUUCAAGCACAUUGACAUUGAGCCGGCGAAUGUGCACAUACUGGAUGGCAAUGCCAAGGACUUGGUCGCCGAGUGCAAUUUGUUUGAGCAGCAGAUUAAAGAAGCGGGCGGCGUCGAGCUAUUCAUUGGCGGCAUAGGACCCGAUGGACACAUUGCCUUCAAUGAGCCGGGCUCGUCGUUGGUGUCGCGUACACGUGUCAAGACUCUGGCGCAGGAUACGCUGGAAGCCAAUGCCCGUUUCUUUGACAACGACAUGAGCAAAGUACCCAAGCAGGCGUUGACUGUGGGAGUGGGUACGGUCAUGGACUCAAAAGAGGUUAUGAUUCUAAUAACGGGCGCUCACAAAGCAUUUGCGUUGUACAAGGCCAUCGAGGAGGGCGUCAAUCAUAUGUGGACAGUCAGCGCCUUCCAACAGCAUGCGAACACCUUGAUGAUCUGCGAUGAGGAUGCCACGCUGGAGUUACGUGUGAAGACGGUUAAAUAUUUCAAGGUGCUGGUUUUGUUUACCUUAACUCAAAUGGUGUACAUUAUCGACAUGGUUGCUUUUACUUCCUCUUUCCGGGCAUACUCAGAGAUUCAAAUGCAGCUGACGCCCAGGAUGCUCACACAAACUGUGAAUAGUUUGAUGGAUGUGCACUCGCAGCUGAUAGAACAGGGAAAGACAUAAACCUAGCCGAGCAGCUCACCCAAGCUGGAUUCCACCAACACGAUAAUAACAAAUGCAAUUUGUGUUUGCUUUCUUAUGCA